AUGCUGAAUAAACUUAGUAAACUUAAGAAGAGCAACAGAUAGAUUUAAGUUAAUGUGGCAAAUAAUCUUACGAAGAAGCUGGUGAAAUUGAAUAAGAAUAUCAACAGAGAAGAUAAUCAUAGGCGCUUAGUCAAGUAAGCAAUUACAGGAAGUAACAUGAUAUUUAAAUAUUAAGAGAGAAAUCCAAAAAGAUUUGGUUAAAAAACUGGCCUAGUAUUUUAUAUUAUAUAUCUAAAAUAAAAAAUAUUGCUAAAUUAACAAAGAGACUGUUUAGACACGAGCUUUUAACUGCCUAAUAAUUAAAAUUGA